UAAGUAUGACGUCAUAGCCUUUUUGACGAGAUGUCGUACUAUGGCGGUGUUGAAGGUGGAGCUACAGCGUCUCGGACUGUCAUUUUGUCGUCUCGCGGAGAUGUUGUAGGCAGAAGUGAAGGUGCUGCAACAAAUCAUUGGCUGAUCGGGAUAGACGAAUGCGUUCGAGUUGUCCAUGAGAUGCUAGUCGAUGCAAAAAAGAACGCUGGCAUCGAUCCUUCUUCUCCUCUCAAGUCUCUAGGACUGACUCUGAGCGGAGGAGAGAAAAUGAAAUUCCAGCAGGAAAUGGAAGGAGCGCUACGUCGUCUCCAUCCAAGCAGCAGCCUUUCCUACACUAUCACUACCGACACGUUUGGUUCGAUUGCGACUGCUUCUCCGCGCGGUGGUAUUGUUCUCAUCGCUGGAACAGGUUCAAACUGCCAAUUGGUCAAUCCCGACGGGUCAGUCUACAGCUGCGGAGGAUGGGGACAUGCUAUUGGUGAUGAAGGCUCCGCCUAUUGGAUCUCGCAGCGAGCAAUCAAAGUUGUGUUUGAUGCCGAAGAUGGACUGCAGGAACCCGAGCAUGACGUUUCUUGGCUGAAGAAAACAGUCUAUGAUUAUUUCAAUCUGAAAACACGUAGUGACAUUUUGCCAUACCUUUAUACCAAUUUUCAGAAGCCGGUCAUUGCUGGCUUGUGUCAAAUGUUGGCAAAAGAUGGAAAAAGUGAUCGUCUUUGUAGAAGUCUGUUUUAUGCAGCAGGUGAAGUUCUGGCAAAGCACAUCAGAGCUAUUGCUCCUUAUAUAAACCAUGACAUGUUAAGCGUUUCUGGAGGUCUGCCUAUAGUGUGUGAAGGAUCAGUGUGGAAGAGUUGGGAUCUCCUCCAAGAUGGCUUUCUUCAUACACUAUAUCCACCAGGUAGCAACCCAGUCCAUGUGCAAGAAUUUAGUUUGCUUCGCCUUACUCAACCUGCUGCUAUCGGAGCUGCUGUUCUUGGUGCAAAAAAAGUUGGUGAUAAGCUGCCUAUAGACUACUCUACUCAUGUAACUCAACUGUACCACUUUGCAUCAAGUGAAUGAGGAGAGCAAUUAAAGUUUCAAUGCAAAUAAUUUGUCAGUGUGUUGAGUGAUAGAGCUACUGUAGCUUUUGCUUUUGCUUGCUGUUAUGGUAUACUACCGGUGCAUGGGCUCUUAAUUAAGAGAACA